AUGGCCCCCCCACCGCCGACCAGUCUACCCCUCACAGAGAGACUUCAGCGUCUCGCGACCACCCUGCAAUUCGGAUGGUUCAUUGGCCAUGCCACCCUUCUCUUCGCCGUCUUUCGCUACGGCAUGUCGUACAUCACCUUCAAUUACUACUCCCGAUGGGCUCAGAUCAGCUAUCGUCUCGCCUUCCUCUCCGCGGUCGCUACCUACGGCAUAGUGGUCUAUAAGGCUUACCGCUCCCGCUUCAAGGCCGGCACCAAGCCUCAGGCAGUCGCAUUCCAGCUUCUGGCCGAUGAGAAUGUGCAAUAUCUGCUCAUCAGCUUGGUCUGGCUCUACUCCCGCCAGACUCCUCUGGCUCUCCUGCCAUUCACCGUCUACUCCGUCUUCCAUGUCGCAACCUACACUCGCACUAACUUAAUUCCUACUAUUUCUCCCCCGAAGGCCACCGCCGGCGCUACUCCUACAUCUCCCGGCACUCCCAAGUCGCAGAGCGCUUUGGCCAAUUCGAUCGGCAAGUUUGUCAAGGAUUACUACGAUGCCUCCAUGAUGUUGGUGGCCGGUCUCGAGAUCCUAUUGUGGAUCCGCUUGUUGAUGUCCGCUAUCACCUUUAGCCGUGGCUCUUGGGUUCUUUUGGGCGUCUACACCGUCUUCUUGCGUGCUCGCUUCACGCAGAGCCAUUUUGUGCAGAAUGCCUUCCAGCAAGGUGCCGCCCACAUCGAUCAGCAGGUCCAAAACCCCAACAUCCCACCCGCGGUUCGCUCGGGCUGGGAGAGUGUCAAGGGUGUGAGCAAGACUGCUGUUGAUGCCACCAAUCCUGGAAAGUACAUGGGUGGACAGCCUGGUGGGGCGGCAAAGAAGGCUCAGUAG